AUGGCUCUGAGCUCCCGGGCGCACGCCUUCUCGGUGGAAGCCUUGGUGGGGAGACCUAGCAAAAGAAAACUGCAAGACCCACGAGAGAAAGCGCAGCCUGAGCUGCGGGAGAAAGAAGACGGAGAGGAGGAGGAAGAGAGAUGGAGCGGCGCCGCAAGGAAGAAGAGCGAGCAGCCGGCAGAAAAGCUUUCCAAGAAAGAGCCCUCAGCAACUGCUUUCUCAGGCUGUGGCGGCGACGGCAGCAGCAAUGAAAGUUUGGAAGAGGAAGACGCUAUCCAAGUGGAGCUUCAAGGAUCUGAGCUCUGGAAGAGAUUCCAUGACAUUGGGACUGAGAUGAUUAUUACCAAGGCCGGCAGGCGGAUGUUCCCUUCUGUUCGAGUCAAAGUGAAAGGGCUGGACCCAGGGAAGCAGUACCAUGUGGCCAUCGACGUGGUGCCGGUAGAUUCCAAACGCUAUAGGUACGUGUACCAUAGCUCUCAGUGGAUGGUAGCCGGGAAUACAGACCACUCAUGCAUCACUCCCAGGUUCUAUGUUCACCCAGACUCACCCUGCUCUGGAGAGACCUGGAUGAGGCAGAUCAUCAGCUUUGACCGUGUGAAACUCACCAACAACGAAAUGGAUGACAAAGGCCAAAUUAUUUUGCAGUCCAUGCACAAGUACAAGCCCCGUGUUCACGUGAUGGAGCAAGACAGCAGGAUUGACCUGUGCCGGAUUCAGUCCCUGCCCGCUGAAGGGGUUAAAACAUUCUCCUUUAAAGAAACUGAGUUCACCACAGUAACAGCUUACCAAAACCAGCAGAUUACCAAACUGAAAAUAGACAGGAAUCCUUUUGCUAAAGGAUUUAGAGAUCCUGGAAAAAACAGGUGUAUAUUGGAAGGGCUUUUAGAGACCUACCCAUGGAGGCCUUCUCUCACUCUGGAUUUUAAAAUGUUUGGUGCAGACACACAAAGUGGAAGCAGUGGCUCAUCUCCAGUGACCUCUAGUGGAGGGGCUGCCUCUCCUUUGAACUCCUUGCUUUCUCCACCUUGUUCCCCAUCUACAUUUCACUUACCUACAAGCUCCCUUGGAAUACCUAGUCCAGAGGUGUACCUGCACAAUAUCAAUCUUCCCCUUUGCUACAAGAUUUGUCCAACUAAAUUUUGGCGACAGCAGCCUCUUGUCUUCCCUGCUCCUGAAAAGCUAGCAAGCAGCAGCAGUUCUCAGUCCUUAAACCCACUCAUGAUGGAAGUUCCCAUGUUAUCCCUGGGAGUCACCAAUUCAAAAAAUGGUUUAUCUACAGACUUCAGUGGGCAGUGUUUACAAGCACCUAAUUCUUCUAAUCAAAUGUAUGGAUCACAGGAAUCUGGAAAUAUUUUAUCACCAAACCCCAUUCCCCAGGAAGCAAUUGGUUGCUCUUUCCAUCCUUCCUUUGGCUUUUAUAGGUACAAGUUUUCUGUGCCAUCUAGACUGGUAAAUGCUUCCAGUAAUCUCAAAGUGAAUGACAGCAGUCAAGUUUCUUUUAGAGAAGGCAAAUGCAAUCAUACUCAUUGGUAUCCAACAAUUAAUCAUUGUCUUUAA